AUGACAGAUACAUCUUGUACAUUUAUUCCGGCUGCGGAUAUUGAUAAGACCUUUCGAACCACCACGGUCGAUCUGUCGUCGUCAAGACUCUUGGGCAAAGUCAUCGGCCAGUCAGAUGAAUGGUUCGCGGAAGCCAGCAACUUGAUCAAUCCGAAGCCGCCGGUCUCCGGAAAUGGCAAAGUCGUCUUCACUGGCGGCUGGUAUGAUGGCUGGGAAACGCGAAGGCACAACAAACAAGAAUUCGACUAUGCGAUCAUCAGACUGGGCCCCGAAAUGAUUGCAUCUGGGGGCGGCUUCAUCUGGGGAGUUGAGGUUGAUACAGCCUUCUUCAACGGUAAUGAAGCACCCGCUAUUAGUGUGCAAGGAUUUGCACCUGCCAAUGCGCCGACAUCCGAGGCGGAACAACAGGCUCUGGAUGACAAGGUGUUGGGCUGGGGCCAUGGAAGGGGCGAAUGGCACGUGAUUUUGGGCAAGCAAUCGUGCGGUCCCAGUCGCCGACAAGCAUGGAAACUACAGACUCCCACAGUGCGUCCAUUCACACAUUUCAGGCUGAACAUGUACCCUGAUGGUGGCAUCGCGCGUGUGCGCCUCUAUGGGCGCCCGGCUUCUCCUACGGUAUCGACCCCGACCAAUAUAGGCGAAGCUCCGGGCAUAUCACGGGGAUUGGACCUCGCAGCGAUGACGAACGCUGGGCGGUGCAUUGCAUGUAGCAAUGAGCAUUACUCCAGCCCCAACAACCUUCUCCUCCCCGGGCGUGGUGUCGACAUGAGCGACGGAUGGGAAACACGGCGCAGUCGUGAGCCAGAACACACAGACUGGGCGAUCGUGAAGCUGGGGACAGCAGGUCUGGUGAAGAGUGUUGUCGUAGAUACGGCACAUUUCAGGGGCAACUUCCCGGACAAGUGCCAGGUCUGGGGCAUCGACUGGACCGGCAAGGAAGGAGAGCCAACUGGCAUGACGGACGAGGAAGGUUGGACGGAUCUCACGGGCGGUGUUCAGGACUGCAGAGCCCAUGAAGAGCACGUCUUUGACUGUGAGGAUAAAGUCCAAGGUGGAGCGCUGAGCCACGUGAAGCUGGUCAUCGUGCCCGACGGCGGUGUCAAGAGGCUCCGAGUCUAUGGCGUUCCUCUUGCCAGCUGA